UCUUGUGUGCAGCCAUGAAGUCUGUGCACUCCAGUCCCCAGAACACGAGUCAUACCAUCAUGACUUUUUACCCAACCAUGGAAGAAUUUACAGAUUUCAACAAAUAUGUUGCUCACAUGGAGUCCCAAGGUGCACACCGAGCUGGCCUCGCCAAGGUAAUUCCACCCAAGGAAUGGAAAGCCAGAAAGACUUACGAUGAUAUCGAAGACAUCUUAGUAGCCACUCCCCUCCAGCAGGUGACCUCUGGGCAGGGAGGCGUGUUUACUCAAUACCAUAAAAAGAAGAAAGCCAUGACCGUGAGGGAGUAUCGCCACUUGGCAAACAGCAAAAAAUAUCAGACUCCACCACACCGGAAUUUUGCAGAUUUGGAGCAACAAUACUGGAAGAGCCACGCUGGUAAUCCACCAAUUUAUGGUGCUGAUAUCAGUGGCUCCUUAUUUGAAGAAAGCACUAAACAAUGGAACCUAGGACACCUGGGAACAAUUCUGGACCUGUUGGAGCAGGAAUGUGGGGUUGUCAUCGAGGGCGUCAACACACCCUACCUGUACUUUGGCAUGUGGAAGACCACGUUCGCUUGGCACACAGAGGACAUGGACCUUUACAGCAUCAACUACCUGCAUCUUGGGGAGCCCAAAACGUGGUAUGCAGUGCCCCCAGAACAUGGCCAGCGCCUGGAACGCCUGGCCAGGGAGCUCUUCCCGGACACUUCUCGGGGCUGUGAGGCCUUCCUGCGGCACAAGGUGGCCCUCAUCUCGCCUACAGUUCUCAAGGAAAAUGGGAUUCCCUUCAAUUGCAUGACUCAGGAGGCUGGAGAGUUCAUGGUGACCUUUCCCUAUGGCUACCAUGCUGGCUUCAAUCAUGGCUUCAACUGCGCAGAGGCCAUCAAUUUUGCCACUCCACGAUGGAUUGAUUAUGGCAAAAUGGCCUCUCAGUGUAGCUGUGGGGAGGCGAGAGUGACCUUUUCCAUGGACCCCUUUGUGCGCAUUGUGCAACCCGAGAGUUAUGAGCUCUGGAAACACAGGCAAGACUUGGCCAUUGUGGAUCACACAGAGCCCAGGGUUGCAGAAAGCCAAGAGCUGAGCAACUGGAGAGAUGAUAUAGUACUUAGAAGAGCUGCUCUGGGCCUGAGGCUUCUCCCAAACCUCACAGCCCAGUGUCCCACACAGCCUGUGUCCCCAGGGCAUUGUUACAACCCAAAAGGCUGUGGCACUGAUGCUGUGCCUGGAUCCGCAUUCCAAAGCUCUGCAUAUCAUAUCCAGACCCAGUCACUUUCCCUGGGGAUGUCAGCCGGGGUUCUUCUCCCUUCCACUGGAAACUGGAGUUCUGGUCUUGGUCGUGCUCGUGGUCGAGGUCGAGGUCGAGGUCGCAGUCGUGGUCGUGGUCAUGGUCAUGGUUGUUGUACUCGAGAACUGAGGACUGAGGAGCCAACUGUUCAGGCUGCAUCCAAGAGGCGCCUUUUAAUGGGUACAAGGAGUAGAGCUCGAGGCCGCAGGCCUCAGCUCUCGCUUGCCAAUGAUUUGAUGACAAAUCUGUCCCUUUGAGUGGUGGCCUUCCGCAUCUUGCCAAGGCUUCUGGCUGCUGCUGUGUCCCUGAUCUUCAACUCCUGGGGCCCCCACUGGAUCGUGCUGAAACCAUGCACCCUGGCCCGUGCCCGCUAUCCCUCAAUAGCACUACAAGUAAUCUCCCUGAUGUUGUCUGCAUGACUCUUCCCAAUGUCAUUGUGCCUUUGAUUAAGUUUUCCAGGGACACUGGUGGGGACUGGAAAUCACUGGUGAACAUGGGCAAGGUU